AUGAGUGGGAGAGGAUCGUCCGCCCUGCGCCGCAUGAAAAGUACAGGUUCUUCAUCGUCCACGCCCAAACUAUCCCACAUUUUCAAAAACGCCAAAAUAUUGUCAAACAGAAAUAAGCGGGAACCCCAGAGUUCAGAACUGAGUCAGGAAGACAUUAAACAUAUAAACAAAUUUGUAGACGAGUUGGUUGCACAUGAUAUAGAAUGUAUUGACCAGCUGAAUGAUUUGUAUCUAAGAAAAAGUUACCCUGAUUGCCAUGAUUUAAAAUGUUACACUUGUUACGAUGCACUAAAUGUUAACUCCAAGAAUAAAAGAAAUAACAUCUCUGUGUUGGUGAAGUCAAAUGAUUCGUAUGUCUUAAUUGACGUCGGGAAAACCUUCAGGGACAGCCUGUUGCGGAACCAGGACAAAAUUAACUUUUAUGAAAUCAAGCUAGACUCGGUGCUGAUAAGCCACAGCCACACAGACGCGCUGAACGGAAUAGAUGACCUCAGGGACCUCCAAGAAUGCGACAAAGUAAGCAUUGGAGACAGCUACUAUUACAAGCCGAAGAAGCUAAUUGACGUUUACGUGAAUGCAGUUUCAUAUGAACGGCUGCGAAAUGGUUAUGACUACCUGGUCAAAAAAAGGAAGGAAAACAUUUUCUUUUCCAAAAUAGCAGCACUUAAUUUGUUAGUUAUCAAGGAUGAAAAGUAUAACAAAUUAAUCCUUGAAGAAAAAGCGGUUAGUGAGAUAAAGGAUGGGACAGUUGCCAUGACAAAGCAGGACCAUAAAGGUACCACAAAUAGUACGCACAAUAGCAAAACAGAUGGUGUGGACAAGGGUAAAGAGAAUGGGGGGUACGGCGAUGAUGCUGAUGAUGAUGAUGGCACUUGUGUAAAUAUACAUACGUACAACAAAAAAGAUGAACACGGUUAUGUAUACACCACAUUUGACCAGAACAAACGUAUCAGAUUUAUUCCCUUCCAGCAUGGGUCAAACUACAUAUGUGUUGGAUAUAUCAUAGGAGAGAAUGAAAAGUUGGUUUACAUUUCGGACUGUUCCUAUAUACCACCCAAUGUACUGGACUACAUAAAGAAAAUAGGCUCCACGGAAGUGUUAAUCAUAGACGCCCUUUAUUAUAAGGCAAAACAUUAUUCACAUUUUUCUUUGCACGAAAGUAUAAAAAUUGCACUGCUUAUCAAGCCGAAGAAAGUGUACUUUAUUGGAAUGUCCUGCGGUAUAGAACAUCAUAUUACUAACUUAUUUUUGAAGAAAUUAUCGAAUAAAUAUCCAGACAUUUCCUUCUCCUUGGCGCAUGACGGUUUGUUUGUGCCCAUCAACUUUUAG